GUCCCAACGCUGCGGACGCGUUUACGCCUCGUUUUUUGUACGCUUUUGAGGAGCUCGCGUAACGCCGAGAGCUUUGUUGUUGUCGAGUGUAUAGCCCUGCCAGCAACAUGUUGGAUGCGAAUUAAUUGGCCCACAGCCAGUUCUUCGAAAACAGCAGGAAGUUGGGAAAUGUUUGCCAGCGUUUCAGAGCCAGCUCAAGAAUCAUAUGCCUGCAAUGGCAAUUUCUCAGUGGAGGACGACGCCCCAGAAAUCAAGAACCUAAAAAACAAUAACCAAAGCGCUGAAAGAAGGGAAACUAGAAGCCACGGUUGCUUGGAAGACGGUUCACCGAUCCAAGAAAUCGAUGAACACUACGUUUGCGACAUUGCCAUGAUGCGAAUCGGUGGGGAGGAGAGCCUCCCGGUGACACACAAUGCGCCAGCGGAUGAGUCAUCCAGUUCGCUGGCCAACAAUGACAGUACAAACAAUGAGAACGAUGUGGAGAUCGAUCGCCAGGAGGAGGAGCAGGCGGUCAGCGAUCUGGUGCGAUCGAGUAGUGCCGGUGCCCUCAUGGAGGCAGACAGCAAAAAUGGUGGCAGCAUGAGAGUGGUGUUUGGCAUCCUAGUGAGACUGGUUCUUCCACUGGCCAAUGGCGUUGCCAGGGGCAUUAAGGGCAUUCGCGAUGUGCGGGUGUUGAGGGUGCUCCAGAAUCUGGCCUCCAGCCGACAGGCUUUAACCAAUUUAGUGGCCUUUGCCGCCAACACUAUAUCACUGAAUCUGUCCUCCGUUCAGGUUUCCAAUCGCAUGGGGCCCUUACUGAAGCUCCUGAAAAUGCGCAAAUCGCAGGAUGGCCUUGAGAGUCUUCCAGACACCUUAACUGCUCCAUCCACUCCCUGCACACCGUGUCCAACUAGCAAUCCCUUGCAGGGUCCGCCCAUUUACAGCGUUCGCUCGGAUGCCCCCAGCUGUUGCACCAUCAAUAUUCUUGCCGAACCGCCGCCGGGUCAACCCAUUCGGGCAGACAUAGUCCUCAUCCAUGGUCUGCAUGGCUCCUUGGUUAAUACUUGGAAGCAAGGACUCUGGCAGAACGAUCGCCAGCCGGUGGAAUUCGAGAGACCUCCUCGACCCCCAGUUCGACCGCCAAAGAGGCCUCGUCACUCCCGCAGUGCGGCAAUUCAUCCGGCUCCCCGGGAGAAAAGGGCCAAGUUUACUUCCCUGAACCGCUGCCAGGACACUCCAGACGAUGCUCCUGUAAGGCAGAGGACUCGACUCCAGCGAGCCGUGGCAAUGCACCCAGAGGACUUCCAAUUUACUGCUUCCGAUAGCGAUGAUAGCGACUAUGCUUAUGUGUGCGGCGAUCCAGAAGACAUCCAGAUCUGCGAGGGCAUCGAGUACAGCUUUCCCACUUUCCGGCUGAGAAUGCAGGACAACAGCCGCUUGCUCCAGGCCGAAUUGGAGUCCAUGCUGCAGGCCAAUGGAAAUGAGGACGCGGAGACCGUUGGGAAGGAAAGCCGCCCACGUCCCGCCUCCCCGGCCACGCCUCGCAAGCCCGCUCGCAAAAGCAAGCCGUCGCCCAAUGAUCCAAAUUACUCCAAGUGCUGGCCAGGAGAUUGGCUUCCCUUGGAUUGUCCUGGGGUGCGGGUAAUAGCCCUGAACUACACCACAGAUCCGUAUCUCUGGCGGCCUUUGUGGAAGAGAAAGGAGCAGAGGUCCAGUUUGAUCCAGCGCUCCCGGGAAAUGGCCGAGUUGCUCAUCCAACAUCGCGUGGGCCACGGUCACCCCAUAAUCUAUGUGGGCCACUCGAAGGGAGGCCUCUUCAUCAAACAACUGAUGGUGGAUGCCUGGGAGAGCGGUCGUCCUGCGAUGUCUCCUCUUUGGCGAUCCGCCCGCGGUUGCUUCUUUUACUCGGUGCCUCAUCGAGGUUCCCACUUGGCGAGCAUCAAGGCGCCUCUACUUUCGCGAUCCGUAGAAUUGCUGGAGAUUGAAAAAAAUAACAAGUACCUGCUGGAUCUACAUCGGAGAUUUGCGGGACUUUAUCAUCUGGGUCAUCUGAAGAUCGAGGUGUUUAGUUUUGUGGAGACCGCCUUGACGCUCAUGUCAGUGCUUUAUUUACGCAUAGUGGGAGUGGACUCAGCGGAUCCUGGCAUUGGCGACGUCUGCGGAAUUCGACUCGAUCACCGCGAGAUCUGCAAACCUCGGGGACGUGAUUGUAUUUUGUACAAAGAACUAGUGAAAAUGAUUGAGAAGGUGUGCUGAGCAUUCGGCCUUACUGAAAUGCACUGUAUGUAAAAGUAUAAUGUAUUGCGGACCUGAUCCAUUUGGAACCGAAUUGUGAAUAGAACCGACAACUCUGAAGUGUCAUGAUAAUUACGCGUACCUAAUGUGAUGCCCCAGCAUCCAACUGGGGCAUGCUUAAUGUUAAAGCGUCGCUUGUCGAUUAAAUAGAUCCUAGCAUAGUUGUUUCAUAAACUUUAAAUCGCCUAUCCAUAGCUCAAGUUAGUUAUACACUUUUUGUUGCCUCUAGUUUAAGCUUAAUACGAGCAGAUGAAAAAUGCUUAAACAUGCCAUCGGGCGUCAAUGAUAAUUUUGCAAUUUUUGUGAUCGAUUGUGAUCAUUUUUGUAGCACUUUGUUGUGAUGAUCCCUCAACCACCCGUGAAUACGUUAUUGAUAUUGUACCAUACCAUACAUAUGUUUAGAAUUUGUUAGUUAUAUGAAUUAUCUCUAUCUGUAUACCGAAAUCUACACCGCUGUAAAAUGUUACCAACGAAGACAAAAUUUAUGCAUAUUUGAUUUCCCACAAAUAUAAUUGAUCCAUGUUUUGUACCUACAUAAUAAGAAUUAAAUUACUAAAACCAAUAAAGAAUUAUAUUUUAUAAAUCAA